AAACGUUUCAAUUAUCCAACGCCAUCUUUAUCUGCGAAAAACAGUAGUGUGAAGGAGGAGAGGAGAUCGGGAAGAAGUGGAGAGAGAAAGAGAAGCGAUGACGACGACGACGACUGCGAUGAUGAUGAGUACGGAAGCUCGCUUUCUCUCAUCCAAGUCUUUCACCACCAAAAUCAUUGACCCCGCCCUUUCAAUCAAAGCUAGAGCUCCUUGCUUAAAGAGGAAUCCGAAUUUCUCUCAAUUUUCGCAAAGAUUAGCUGUUUCUCUUCCUUCUCCUAUAACAUGUUGUCAUCAUUCAUCGCCGGAGGAUGACAUCAGUCCGGUGAUGAAUAAUGUUGAUUGGAGAUCAUUCAGAGCGAGGCUAGUUGCCGGAGAGCUUGCGUCAAGGCCAGCAGAGCCGUCCAACUGGGUCGAUCCCGACACUGUGGAGGAUCAUCCUCCCCGUGUCUCGAUUGGGGAGAAGUGGGUUCACCCACUGCAUGAGCCAGAAAGAGGGUGCUUGCUGGUGGCCACGGAGAAGCUCGAUGGGGUCCACAUUUUCGAACGGACGGUCAUCCUUCUGUUGUCUAUGGGUCCCGUGGGUCCCACUGGUCUCAUACUGAACCGGCCAUCUCUGAUGUCCAUCAAGGAGACACGAUCGACGGUUCUAGACAUGGCCGGCACAUUUUCCGAUUUGCCGUUGUUCUUUGGGGGACCGGUGGCGGAAGGGUUGUUCUUGAUGGGUCCUUACAAGGGGGUGGAUGAUGGAGUAGGGAGGAGCGGGGUGUUUGAGGAAGUGAUGGGGGGGUUGUACUACGGAACUAGGGAGAGUGUUGGUUGUGCAGCGGAGAUGGUUAAGAGAAAUGUUGUGAAGGUAGGAGACUUCAAAUUCUUUGAUGGGUGUUGUGGGUGGGAGAAGGAUCAACUCAAGGACGAGAUUGGGGCUGGUUAUUGGACAGUUGCAGCGUGUAGCCCUAGUGUAAUUGGGUUGGCUGGUUCUAGCAGUGUUGGUCUUUGGGAAGAGAUCUUAGGUCUUAUGGGCCAAAACAAGGUUUGGUGAUGGUGAUGGAUAUGGUUAUGGCUUUAUGGGUACGGUGACCCAGCAAAGAGUAGGAUUGUAGAUUGUGGUGGGAGUGUCGUAAUAAACGCAUGGGUGAAAUAUGGGUAUCUUAUGUUAGGGCUCUACUCUACCAAUUUAUUCCCAAAUUUCAAUGAGGGCAAAUACAGAAGAAAAAUGGGGGAAGAAAUUAGUUGUGUAAUGAUGGGCAUCUAAAAACGAAUUGUAAGAUGGGGGAAACAAGUUGGAUUGCAAUUAUGAUAAAAGGAAGGUAUCAUAUCCUAAAGCUAUGUUUUAUGAAAUUUCUUUCUGUUUUUUCUUAUUUUCUAUCAAACCAAACAGAGCCUCUAAAAAGGAAUAUAUCAUGAUGCAUUUCUGCGUAAGCCUUGUCACUUUGAUCCUCAUCUUGUGUAUAUUAGCAACUUAUUGACUAUUUAUUCAAUUGGUUAUAAGAAAGGGGCACUAUCGCCAUUGUAAAUCAA